AUGAGGGAGAGGAAGAUCCAGCGGGAAAGGGACCUGGACCUCGAGGUCUAUGAGCGCCGCAGCCGUGAGACACGAGUCAGGGAAGAGCCGGGGGCUCGUAGAUCCCACAGAGAGAGAUCUGAGAUAUCCAUCCUUCAGAUAGUUGAAGAAGAAGAAGAGGGCGAGAUUCUCACUGGUCAUGAGGCAAAUGAAGUAGAGCUUGAGGUGUGUGAAAGCAUUUCCUGCGAAACUUUGGAAGAGGAAGAUGGGAGGAAUGACAGGCUUGUGCAAGAGGAAGGAUUACGUGAGUCAAGCAGGUUCCAGAGAGAUGAGGAGGAAGCACAAAGACAUGAGAGGAGCCUCUACCAAACGGUUGAGGUGGACAACAGAGACCUCUGUCCCCCAGGAGAACAGGCAUCUGUCACUGACAUGAGGGUCCAUUACCUCCCCACUGAGCCCGACGUGCGGCCAGAGGUGCAGGUGGUUCCUCGGGCCUGUGACCCUCAGAGCAUCGCGUACCUGGUCCACGUGAUUCAGAAUUUGGACGAUCCUGAAGCCACCACCUACGAGAUCAUCUGCAAGCAGCCCCAUGACCUUGGCCAGCCUGUCUAUGUGAAGAAGUGCUACGUGUCACGGCAGGCGCCAGCAGUCCCAGAGGACAGGAGCAAUGACCCAGAGCCACGAUCCCAAAGGGAUGAGCGAGAAACAGGGGAGCUUGAACCGCCACGGCGAGGAGGCACCUCAGCUUCUGUGUCCCAAGAGAACACAGAGGAGCUCAGUGAGGCACAGGAGAGGUCUGACACAGGGGUGAAGGAAGGAUCUGGCCAGGCUUUUGCUCCUGACCCUGAUGCUGCUAAGGGUGACCAUUACCAGGCCAAGACCAAGGAGGGCAGGAGGGACAGCCCCAAGAUGCCUGACACAGAGAAGGAGCAUCAUCCCCGGAGAGACGGAUCCAAAGCUACGAGGGAGCAGGUUCAACAGGAGCCUGAAUCCACCCAGGUGUGGGACCGUGAGGACAGGGAGGCCAAGAGCUGCCCACCUCUGCCCCAGGCUCCAGGGGAAGCUGGUGCCACCAAAGCCAGCCGUGCCCAGCCACCCCGGAGAGAUGAAGCCAACCACUGCCAUGAGGAUGAGGAGCAUCAACCCCUGGAGAAGACCCACCAGCCACGGCAGGAGAAGAGCAAGAGGAGCCCUGGGGAUCCCACCGAGACCGAGCGCUGCAUCGAGUCCCUGCUGGCCGUGUUCCAGAAGUAUGCGGGUCGGGAAGGGGACAGCUGCACCCUGUCCAAGAGGGAGUUCCUGGCCUUCAUGAACACCGAGCUGGCUGCCUUCACCAAGAACCAGAAGGACCCAGCUGUGGUGGACAGGAUGAUGAAGAAGCUGGAUUUGAACAGCGACGGGCAACUCGACUUCCAGGAGUUCCUGAACCUGAUCGGGGGCAUCGCCGUGGCCUGUCACAACACCCUGAUCAAAGCCCCCACCCCCUAA